AUGCCCCCCGCCCAGCCAUGCUGCCCCCAUCUCCUGCUGCUGCUGCUGUUGGCUCGCCAGCCCCAGGCCCCCGCUGCCCAGGUGAUGGACUUCCUGUUCGAGAAGUGGAAGCUCUAUGGGGACCAGUGUCGCCACAACCUGAGCCUGUUGCCACCCCCCACCGAGUUGGUCUGUAACCGAACCUUUGACAAGUACUCCUGCUGGCCGGACACCCCCCCCAACACCACAGCCAACAUCUCCUGCCCCUGGUACCUGCCCUGGUACCACAAAGUGCAGCACCGCCUCGUCUUCAAACAGUGUGGACCAGAUGGGCAGUGGGUGCGGGGGCCACGGGGACAGCCAUGGCGCAAUGCCUCUCAGUGCCAGAUGGAUGCCGAUGAGCUGAAGGUUCAGAAGGAGGUGGUCAGGAUGUACGGCGGCUUCCAGGUGAUGUACACAGUAGGCUACUGCCUGUCCCUGGGGGCGCUGCUUCUCGCCCUGGCCAUCCUGCUGGGCCUCAGCCAGCUGCACUGCACCCGAAACUACAUCCACAUCAACCUGUUUGCUUCCUUCGUGCUGAAGGCCGGCUCUGUGCUGGCCAUGGAUGCACUGCUGCAGACACGCUACAGCCAGAAGAUCGGGGACGACCUCAGCGUGAGCGUCUGGCUCAGCGACAGGGCCGUGGCUGGCUGCCGUGUGGCGGCUGUGUUCAUGCAGUACGGCAUCGUGGCCAACUACUGCUGGUUGCUGGUGGAGGGUGUGUACCUGCACAGCCUGCUGGGCCUCGCUGCCUUCCCUGAGAGACGCCUCUUCCCCCUCUACCUGGGCAUCGGCUGGGGUGCUCCGAUGCUCUUCGUCACCCCCUGGGCCGUGCUCAAGUGCCUGUUCGAGAACGUGCAGUGCUGGACCAGCAACGGCAACAUGGGUUUCUGGUGGGUUCUGCGGUUCCCCGUCUUCUUGGCCAUCCUGAUCAACUUCUUCAUCUUUGUGCACACCAUCCACAUCCUCGUGGCCAAGCUGCGUGCGCAUCAGAUGCGAUACACCGACUACAAGUUCCGGCUGGCCAAGUCCACGCUGAGCCUGGUGCCCCUGCUGGGCGUCCACGAGGUGCUGUUCGCGUUGGUGACUGACGAGCAGGCCCAGGGUGCGCUGCGCUCCGCCAAGCUCUUCUUUGACCUCCUCCUCAGCUCCUUUCAGGGUCUCCUGGUGGCGGUCCUCUACUGUUUCCUCAACAAAGAGGUACAGUCAGAGCUGAUGAGGCGCUGGCACCGCUGGAGAGUGGGCAAGGCCCUGCGGGAGGAGCGCCAGCCGGGCAGCCACACAGCCCCGCCUGCCCACGAGCCCCCCAGGGAGAAGCUGCUGCUGGUGAGGGGCGGCGGCAGCGAUGGAGGCGGCCCGGACCCCUCCUCAGAGACCCCCUCGGCCCAUGGCCUCUGCUGA